GAAACGGUGAGACACGGGAAGAAGAAGAACAAAAACUAUACCAGCGCUUGUUUUGCAAUAAUUAGGAGAGGCGUUAUUGUUGUGAAGUGUCUUUAGUGAGAUGGCAGGCAAUGAAGAUGAUUAUAUGUCGGAUUCAUUCCUUAAUCAGAUCAAGGACGUGAGGCCCGGCGUGCCUUUGCCGAGGAGGGUGAAGGAAGCGCAGAGGAAGGAGAAGCUGCACAUGGAGAAGAACCUCCAGAGCCGGCAGAAGAGUUUGAAGGAGCAGGAGCAGGAGAGGAGGGAGGCGGUGCUGCAGAGCUCCAUCGGGAAUGAAAACAAGGGCUUUGCGCUCCUGCAGAAGAUGGGCUACAAAGCAGGUCAAGGUCUCGGCAAAGAAGGGGCUGGCAGAGUUGAACCUAUCCCAUUGAAUAUCAAAACAGAUCGAGGAGGAAUUGGGAUGGAGGAAGUGAAAAAACGAAAAGCUGAGGAGAAGCUGGAGCACUACCGGCGAAAAGCAAACUUUAAGCAGCAAGUCGAGAAGAGAACAUUGGAUGACUUCAGAGUCAGACUGAGAACGGAAAGGGAGGAACGACAAACUGAUGCAGAUCUCAGGAAAAGCCAGCGUGCCUGUGAACAGCUGGACAGCCAGAAGGGGAUCCAUGCCCCCAGGGAGGACUGGUACUGGCCAGUGUCGGGGACUGAGGAGCCGGGGGAGGAGGAAGAAACUGAGCAGGAAGAAGAUGAGGGAGAGGAAUUAACACCUUUGGAAAAAUUACAGAUUCUGACUUCAUAUUUGAGGGGAGUGCACUUUUACUGCAUAUGGUGUGGGACAUCGUACGAUGAUGAAGAAGACUUGACAGCAAACUGCCCUGGGGACUCGUCUGCAGCCCAUGACUGAUCAGACCAGAAGAGGGGCUGAACAGGAAACUGAAACUUUUCAGAUGAUGCCCUUCCUUCACAAGAAGAAGGAGGAGGAGGCCCUUCUGGGAACAAUAAUAUAGACGGAACAGGUCUAGAUGUGGGAUAAAGCUGAUCCUACGUACACCUUGGAUGUGUGAUUAAGUAGACGUGAUCUGAUGUCCACAAUCACAAAACAGCAGACAAAAGUUUACGGUUUACAUAUAAAGGAGAUAAAGGUUCACAAUUCACCGUGAUAGAUCCAAUUAGAGCUGAAAUACUAACAGAUAUGUUGACAUUGUAAAAUAUGCAUUAGUUGUGUUGUUGUGGUCAUGAAAUGGAAUACAAAUAAUAACAUGCAAUUUUAUUUACAAUUUUUUGCAAAUUGUGCAAUUUUAUGUAUAAACAUCAUAAACAUUUAUGAUUUAAACAUAUAAACAAAUAGAACAUCAUUGCUUGCAUCUAAAAUAUGAACUAUUAAUAAUGUGUUUAAAAUGCAAUGGUGUAUUUGUUUUUAAGUGUAUUCAUAAAAGUGGUUAGUACACAUUGCAUCUGUGUUGUUUAGUUGUAUAUUUUAUGUACUGUCCUUUUUGUAAAAUGAAAAUAAAAUAUUUUCAUGUGUUGCAGUAGCUUA